UAAUUUUAAAAGUUUAAAUAUUUCGAAUAUCGAAUAUUUAUUAAGACACUUUCAAAGUUCCAAAUUAAUAUACAUAAUAUGGCAUUAACAGAAGAAAUGUUUAAAAAUAAAAAGACCACAUUUCUAAAUCCGGAUAUAAAAGAAGUUUUGGUGAGAACUUCAGAUGGCAUUAAAGUAAAAAUUGGUUAUAUUUUAGCUGCGGAAAUGGGUACAUUAGUGGAGAUGAUAAACGAAUUGAACUAUGAUAGUGGUGAUAUUAUUCCUUUGUCAAACGUUAGAGGUGAAAUCUUAAGAGCGGCACUUGAUUGGAUAAAGUAUGGAAAGGAUACGGAAUCUGAAGAUGCUGAGACAAUAUAUGAUUUUAAUCAAGAUUUUGUUCGUGGCUUUUUUGAAAAGGACAAUUCGUUUAUAAUUGAGAUUCUGCAAGCUGCUAAUUUUUUAAAUAUUGUAACUUUGCGCAAAGGAGCUUGUAGAGCACUUGGUAACUUGCUAAAGGCUAAAACUCCAGACGAAAUUCGUUCCACAUUCGAUAUACCUGAUGAUUUAAGUUCAGAUGAAUUACGUCGUAUGUUGGAAGAAAGUGGUGGGUUUUCGUACGAAACAUAAAAAUUGUUCAGUUGUUAUU